CAGUUUCUAUUCUUCCUUAUCAUGGCAGCAGUUUCGUUUCCUCACUGUCAGCUGGAGAGUGUAUAAAAAGAUGGGCUGAGCAGCCUCUCAGUGCUUCCCUGGAAAUCUCACCAGCAGAAAGCAGCAUGUCUGACCAGAACGUCCGCAACGCUGGCUUCACUCCCUCUGGGAUCACAGGAGGAUCCCUUGCCUCAUCAAUGAUGUCCCAAGAAGCCAGAGCCUCUGGGGGAGGUGUGCCUUCUGGAGGUCCCACUUCUACUCUCCAGGAAAUGGGUGCCAGAGGCACAACCCACUCAUCAGGGUACACCAGCAGUGGGAUCUCUGGUGGAUCCAGAGCCUCCGACACAAUGUCCAAGGAGGCCACAGCCCAUGGAGGUGGAGUUCCCAGGGGUGGCACAACUUCCACCGUCCAGUCCAUCGCCAUGGGUGGAAAAGGAGGAAGACACUGAAUAGAAGAAAAACUUCAGUCCAAACAUCAGCCCAACUCUGCAAGCAGUUCAUCCUUCAUCAUCAGCUUUGACAAUUUCUCCCCUUCUAUGAUCUCCCUGUUACGAAAGGCAAAGCCUUCCAUGUGCACAAAUAAAGUUUCUGUUAAAAUGAUGGAUUCUUGCAUUAAAUUAAUGGGGACAGAUGAGGGGCAGUUCUUUCCAUGAUUAAAUAUUUUCUGAAGCACAGACAAAUACAAGCCAAUAGAAGUUAAGGUACUUGGACUGUAAGGUUACCUUAGGAAAAUCCUGGGUUUAGCAACACUAGGCUCUUCAAUUGCAAGUAGCUUGCUAUGUUUAUUUUACAAAAGGUAAUUACAGUGCAAAAGUCACCUUCUUGUGAGAGAGAAACAGAAACACUCAGUAAGGGGCAGCUCCUUCUAGAGGUACUUCUAAUAGGCUAUCAAAUUAAAUUCUACUUAAUAAA